UUCUCCUUGCAGCUGGGGACAGGAAGAUGCCGGGGAAGUUGAAGGUCAAGAUCGUGGCCGGACGCCAUUUGCCAGUGAUGGACCGAGCCAGUGACCUGACUGACGCCUUUGUGGAGGUAAAAUUUGGAAAUACCACAUUUAAGACAGAUGUGUACCCCAAAUCCCUCAAUCCUCAGUGGAACUCAGAAUGGUUUAAAUUUGAGGUAGAUGAUGAAGACCUACAAGAUGAGCCCCUGCAGAUCACGGUUCUUGAUCAUGACACCUACAGUGCUAAUGACGCCAUUGGCAAAGUGUACAUUGAUAUUGAUCCUUUGCUCUAUAGUGAGGCAGCUACAGUUAUCUCUGGAUGGUUUCCAAUUUAUGAUACCAUACAUGGUAUCCGUGGGGAGAUCAAUGUGGUAGUGAAAGUAGACCUCUUCAAUGAUUUAAACCGUUUUAGGCAGUCAUCCUGUGGAGUCAAGUUUUUUUGCACCACAUCUAUUCCAAAGUGUUAUAGAGCUGUAGUAAUUCAUGGAUUUGUGGAAGAGCUGGUUGUUAAUGAAGACCCCGAAUACCAAUGGAUAGACCGAAUCCGUACUCCAAGGGCAUCAAAUGAGGCUAGACAGAGACUUAUUUCACUGAUGUCAGGUGAACUUCAAAGGAAGAUUGGCUUGAAGGUACUUGAAAUGAGAGGGAAUGCAGUUGUUGGUUACUUGCAGUGUUUUGAUUUGGAGGGAGAAUCUGGACUAGUAGUACGAGCCAUAGGAACAGUCUGUACCUUGGAUAAAAUAAGUAACACAGCAUUCUUACCUGCAUGUAAUUCCCCAUCUAAAGAAAUGAAGGAGAUUCCUUUCAAUGAAGAUCCCAAUCCCAAUACUCAUUCAUCAGGACCCUCCACCCCUCUGAAAAACCAAACCUAUUCCUUUUCACCUUCCAAGUCCUACAGUCGACAGUCCUCUUCUUCUGACACAGAUUUGAGUUUGACACCCAAAACUGCACCUUCCCCACAGGGGCCUAGGAUUUUCCUGUUUCCUAGCUCCCCUACUCUGUCUUGUGGUUCCCCACAGCUUAACAAGUCCUGUCUCCUCCUCCCGGGGUCUAGCCUUAACCCUCUUCACUCUAGCCAUGUCAGCCCAUUUGUUCUGAGGAAAAGUGUUUCUUUCACUGAAGAGCUGCUUCUGGCUGCUUCUGGAAUGGGCAGUGGAAGUGCUGGAAAAGAAGGGGGACCAUUUAAAGCUCUAUUAAGACAACAGACACAGACAGCUCUGGAGCAAAGGGAAGGAUCGCCUCAUAGGUUCUGUCGAAGGCGGGAAUUUCCCUUUUUUACCUUGACGGCCUUUCCACCUGGCUUCCUUGUCCAUGUUGGUGGUGUGGUCAGUGCACGCUCUGUGAAGCUUUUGGACCGCAUCCACAAUCCUGCCUUUGUCGGAAUUAUGGGUAACACAAGAUCAUACAAACUGCUAGACUGGAAUAGUUUCAAUUCAGAUGAACCAGAGACACGAGAUGCGUGGUGGGCAGAAAUCAGACAAGAGAUAAAAUCCCAUGCCAAGGCAUUGGGUUGUCAUGCUGUAGUGGGCUACAGUGAAUCAACUAGCAUUUGUGAAGAGGUCUGUAUUUUGUCCGCGUCUGGCACAGCAGCUGUACUGAACCCUAGGUUUCUCCAGGAUGGCACCAUGGAAGGCUGUUUGGAACAAAGGUUGUCAUGGCAGCCUGGCUUCUUUUCCAUAGGGUCAGAGAAGGGAGAGGUUGAUUUUUUUCCUCAGAACCAAGAUAGUUCUUCUCUAUUAGGGAUAGAAGAAACUUCACCUCCAGGUUGUGGAUUUUGCCACAUACCAUAUGAUGAACUGAACAUGCCAUUCCCUGCUCAUCUCACAUACUGUUACAACUGCAGAAAACAAAAGGUUCCUGAUGUUCUUUUCACAACAAUAGAUCUGCCUGCAGAGGCAAUGGUUAUUGGGAAGGGAUGUCUUAUUCAAGCCAGGUUAUGUCGCCUGAAAAAGAAAGCUCAAGCUGAAGCAAAUGCAACAUCCAUCAGUAAUCUGUUGCCAUUUAUGGAAUAUGAAGUACACACCCAGCUAAUGAAUAAACUUAAAUUGAAAGGAAUGAAUGCUCUGUUCGGUCUGAGGAUUCAGAUUACAGUGGGUGAAAAUAUGCUGAUGGGCUUGGCAUCUGCCACUGGUGUGUAUCUGACAGCUUUACCGACCCCUGGUGGUAUUCAGAUUGCUGGGAAGACUCCAAAUGAUGGCGCCUAUGAACAGCAUGUUUCUCACAUGCAAAAAAAAAUAAAUGAUACAAUAGCAAAAAACAAGGAGCUUUAUGAGAUUAACCCUCCUGAGAUACCAGAGGAAAUCAUAGGGUCUCCCUUUCCAGAACCAAGACAGCGUUCCAGGCUGCUAAGAUCUCAGUCAGAAAGUUCUGAUGAAGUUAUGGAACUGGACCUUUCACAUGGGAAAAAGGAUGCUUUUGUCUUGGAGAUUGAUGAUACAGAUGCAAUGGAAGAUGUACAUUCUUUACUGACGGAUGUUCCACCACCUCCAGGUUUUUACAGUUGUAACACAGAAAUUAUGCCUGGCAUAAAUAACUGGACUUCUGAUAUACAGAUGUUCACCUCAGUAAGAGUAUCCAGAUUAAGCAACAUUAACCUGACAAAUCAAACACUUAACAAGAACUUUAAUGAUCUCUGUGAGAAUCUGCUUAAGAGUCUAUAUUUUAAGCUACGAUCUAUGAUUCCCUGCUGCCUUUGUCACGUAAAUUUUACAGUGGCUCUUCCAGAGGAUGAAGUAAUUCAGAUCACAGUCACAGCGGUUGCAAUAACAUUUGACAAAAACCAAGCUUUACAAACCAGUAAAGUCCCUACAGAAAAAACAUUGCAAAGGGCCUCUACAGACAAUGAAGAGCAGCUACAAUUUCCAUUGGAACUUUGCUCUGAUCCUCUUGUUUCUCAACCAUUCUCACCAGCUAAAGAGGUCCUGGAGAAUGCAAGUUCCCACACAGGUAUACCAGCUGCACAGAGAGCAACGUCAGUUGAUUACAGUUCCUUUGCAGACAGAUGCAACAGCUGGAUAGAGCUCAUUAAACUGAAAGCUCAGACCAUAAGGCGUGGAUCAAUUAAGACAACUGCUUCUCUUGACAAAGCAAGUCCACUGGCUGAAGGACACUUGCGUCACCGUUCUGUUCCACCAUGCACCAAUUCUACUGUCUCGGUUGUUAAGAUGACACCUCUUUCUUUUAUCCCUGGGGCAAAAAUAACCAAGUAUCUUGGGAUAAUCAACAUGUUUUUUAUUCGAGAAACCACUUCUUUACGUGAGGAGGGCGGUGUCAGUGGCUUUCUCCAUGCUUUCAUUGCUGAAGUGUUUGCAAUGGUGAGGGCUCACGUUGCAGCUUUAGGGGGGAAUGCAGUUGUCUCGUACAUAAUGAAACAGUGUGUUUUCAUGGAGAACCCCAACAAAAAUCAGGCACAGUGUCUAAUAAAUGUCAGUGGGGAUGCAGUGAUCGUUGUACGUGAAUCUGAAUUAGAAAUGGUACCAGUGCAACCAUCUGCUGCUGUCUCUCAACCCGCAAGUGCCGGAGAUGUCACGACAUGAAACCAGAAGAAAUAGAAUGGCUCUUCCCGAAGUAAAAAGAUCUCUGCAAAAUGUGGGAAUGUUUAGCUUUACCUCUUCAAAAAUCAGUAAUUCUCCAAAAUAUUACAGUCAGCUAAAUCUGAGACAAUCACUAACCUUCGUCCAUCAACUUUACAUAAUAGCCAGGGCAACAUUUUAUUGACAAGUACCCUGUAAUUCCAUUUUUUUAAUCACUAGCCCCUGUGAAAUCUAGACAGAAGAUGAGGCAUUGAUCUAAAGCAAUUCCAUAGAGCUCCUGAAAUA